UCUUCAUGUGCCGAGUUGCUUCUGCUGCAUGUCGUGCGCACAUUUAACAUAUUUGUGCACAUCCUGGAAGAACUGGUGCCUACUAUUCCAAUACGAAAACCAUCACUUCCCUCUCUUCCUACUGCGCCAUCUCUCUCUCUCCAAUUAAACGCAAAGGCAAAGCUGCAGAAGUAACAGGAACAGCAACAGCGGCAGGGAUAACAUUAGGGUUGUCACCUGUGAACACUUCAGCAAGAUAAGGAAGAGAAGUCUGUUGAGGAUAGGAAAAGUGCUCGAGGAACAUUUAUGGAAUUCUUUACUGGUAUUUCUCACUACAUGAAGAUAUGUGACAUGGUGAAAAGUGCUUAUACCAAUUAUAAGAUAACCUUGGAUUCAGGAGCAAGUGAGUGAGAAGUUCGUUAGUUUGUUACGUGUGACACUUGAAACAUUAUCACAGUUGCUUGAGGUGGGGACACUUAAUGAAGCAGGACACAUCACAGAAGAAAUUCUUUCAUACCUAAGAUCUACUGUCACAGUAGAGCCUACAGCCACUGUGAAAUGUGUACAGCAGCUUCUGAAAUGUCUGUUUGGCACCAACCUAUCAGCCCAACGGGUUGAACAUGAUGACAGUCAGCGUACCUCAUCACUUUCAUUAAACUGCGCUACUGCUACUCAGAGUUUUGAAGGUUUCUACAGUGUGUGUUUCCAGACUCCUUACAGACAUCUGACAGACUUUGUUACAUCCCCUAGCAAUAAGACAGAACAAGGAUGAAGGAUACAUGUGGAUGAAUUGUUUGCGAAGAAAGGCAGAUAGGAAAGGGUCUUCAUUUAAAGUUUUCAGUCGUGGAGCUGACAAGAGUUCCCUGGCCUCAUACAUCAGAUUAUUUGAACCAAUGGUCAUCAAGGCUCUCAAGCAGUAUACAGUGACGAGUGAUGUACAGCUUCAGUGCCAAGUAUUGCUGUUAGUGAGCCAAUUGAUGCAACUGAGAGUCAACUACUUUCUUCUUGACUCAGAUCAGAUCUUCCUUGGAUUUGUGCUGAAGCAGUUUGAAUUCAUUGAAGAAGGACAGAUUCUGCAUGCUGAAGAACUGAUACCCCGGAUAUUUUACUUCUUGGUCCACCUGUCAUAUGAGAAACAUCAUUCCAAGUGUAUCAUUGGUGUUCCUAAGGUAAUCCAGUUAUGUGAUGGGUUGAUGGCAAGUGGACAGUCACCAGUCACACACUGUAUCACUGAAUUAGUUCCAGUUGUGGAAGAUGUGUUUUUGGUUCGUGGUACAAGCAGUGCCAGCAGCUUUGAUUUGAAAGAGCUAGAGACCCAACGAGAAGUUCUGGUAUCCAUGUUGUUGCGGUUGGUGGAAUAUCAUCAGGUUUUGGAACUACUGAGUGUAGUACUUAAUGAGAGCCAUGACAGUGAGGAACGAUGGCACCGCUGGUCAUGCCAAGUAGUGGACACAUUGCUCCCACUCCUGGCGCAGGACAGAGUGAUGCUGGAAUCUAGGGCAGCCCAACAUUCUCUGCAACGUGUACUUACCUCUGUUGCUCCCUGUGUCCUGAGACCUGUUGAUUCUCUUCUUCGUACUCUCUUCUCAGAAGUUUCACUAGUGUUAAUAUUGUAUUGUAGAACACCUGUGAGUGAUGGUGGUGUUGGUAGUGAUAGUGGUAGUCAUGGCGGUGGUGGUAACGAGUCUUCAACUCCUCUAACCAAAGUUUUAUGUGCAUUUUUAUUAACUCUGCAUGCUGAAUGUGUGGCCUGUCUUGGCCUCUUCCUGUGGUUGCA